UCCACAUCAUCACAGGCGUCGCUUGCAUGCAAUGAGGAAGGGGACCGCUGCUCUGAAGCGCAAGCAGGUGCAGCAGCUGCGACGGCACCACCAGCAGCUGCUGGCCGCAGACCUGUCCCUGUCGUCGUCUUCGUCGCGCUUGGCGGCGGCCCUGAUUUCAUCGGCGGUGGCCCUCAGCGCCGCAUCUACGUCGUCAGCCGCUUCAGCAGCAGCGGCAAAUGUAAAUAAUCAUCAUCAUAGCCAUACGCAACCGCAGCUACUGCCGCCAGGACAAGUGCUGCCACGCCAUCAUCAUCAUCAUCAUCAUCACCACCACCAGCAUAUGCAUCUACAGCAGCCGCAGCAGCAGCAACAUCCACAGCAGUCACAAGAACAACAGCAGUCGCAGUCGCACUCCCACAGACAUCACCAUCACCACAACCAUCAUCAGUGUCGCUCGAAACGCAAACUACAAAAAUUGUAUUAUACGCUUUGCCGUUAGAUUCGUACACCCCCUCCCCUUAUUUUUAAUUAACUUUAUAUAUGUAUACUUGUAUGAGAGAAUGUUUCUUAGAACCUUACCUUAAGUCGAAGCAUCCAAGACCAUCCCCAGCCCCAGCCCCAGCCCCGUCGCCAGCCCUCUACUUCUACUCGUACUCUAGUACUUCGCAUCCAUGUGUAUCGUGCGCGUCGCGUCUAUCUAUUUAAGUUUCAAAGUCAUGUCGAAAGAUGCGUAUCUCUAUGUUGUAUAUUUAUUUAUUCCAAUUUUUUUUCCCGCUCAUAUCUCAUUUGCGUAAUUGGCCCAAAAAACUGAAGCAAAAAUCUCAUCAGUGCAAUACCAUAUACAAACACCUAAAUAUAUAUAUAUAUAUAUAUGUGUCUAUAUAUAUAUAAUACGAGUAUAUAUAUAUAUGUAUGUAUCGAAUUUUUCACCACUUUAUGUAUACAAACACUCCAAGCUAUUUAUUGAUAAUUGAGAAAGAUUUGUGAUUUGCGCACAUUAAUUAACUUCAUCCAGCCUAAAUCGUAAGUGUAGCAAUCAAGCAAUCUUCGUUUUAAGUACCCUCUCCUCUCCCAAGGAAUUUACGUAUUCGAUAUCUUCCGGCACAGUCGCCGCAUACGCUAUAUUCAGUGUAGAUCCCCCCACCCCAAACUACACUCCACCUUCCCCGAAACACCACAACAAGCAAACCCUCUGAUUAAGUAUUACUUAGAGUUUAGUAAUGAUAUCUCUUAAGUUGCAACCAAGAUGAAGAUGUACUUUAUAAUGUAGGACGAACCUCAGUAGCUUCAAUCAGUUGUGCGGCUAGCCCCAGAUCUAGAUCCAUUCGUGGAGCAAUAUUAAGUCGUCUGAUCGUCUGAUUAGAGAGACAGCAAGCAAUCGUCAAUCUCCUUGAUAUUUGUAUUGUGUACUAGUAGUGUAUAUUCUGGUUGUGCUGCGCAGUAGGAAGUACUACUCAAUGCGAAUAAGAUUAACAUUUGUCAAGCCAUAGUGUGGCGCGCGUUCCUUAUACUAUAGUGCAUGGAAACAUGUGGGAUCUUACCGCUUUCGCUUAGCCCAGAGACAAGAGAUGACAGAGUGGCCCGUCAUGAUCCCAUCUUGGGGCCCAUUUUAAAGAGAAAUCAAGUUAAAUUAUAUAGUGCAUAGAAGGGAGAGUACCACCGUACCCCAGGCCCCGUACAUACACAACACAAAAUUUCGUACCUUGGUAGAAUUUGCAGUUCAAAAUUGCUUUAGAGUUUGUCAGUGUAAAGUAAAUUGUACGGCUUAAAAUUCACACACGCAAACAUGGACAAUUUAGGCAAGAAUAUACAUACAAGAUACUACAUACAUAUAGUAACAAAAAACAAAACAAAACAGUCAUACAAUACACCUGCACUGCAAAUACAGAGGCAGAUGCAGUUGCAGUUGCAGAUGCACAACGUGUAUGUGUUUAUACCCUACUAUUAUGAACAUUAUAAAUGGAAAAGCUGCGAAGUAAACGUGCUAAGGUAAAUGGAAGUGAAGUCCACUUCCCAAUGAUACGAUUAAUAGAGUUCCCUCAUGUAAAUUCUACUGAUCCAUGCGAGUCUGGUAAUAAAAUGAAUAAGCAUAUACGAAUACAUUUA